AUGAAAAUUAAUUCACACCCAGAGAAAAAAUUAGAAGGAAUACUAAAAUAAGAUAUCUUGUUUCAAAAGGCAAAAACAAUGAUUAAGGAAUUGAAGAGAGAUAUUUAAGGAUUACCCAGUAUGGAUUACGAAGAAAGUUCAGCCAAUUUAUAUAAUUUCAUCGUAAAUCGGAAAGACGAGUAUACAACCAACUACAGCUCUAAGGCUCAUCCAUUAAAGAAGACAUAAAGAACUCUCUCUUUUGAAUUGAUAAAACCAAAAAUAUAAGAAACUUAGAUUAAGCAUAUGCGUUUUGGAAGUAGGGAGGGAAGGAGAGUGGAAAGCAGAAACAAAUAAAAAAUCAGAAGAAGAAGUUGUUGUUGUUCUGAUUGUGGACAUGACAAUACCAAGAUCACUCAUCUAAUGUACAAAGGAGCAACAUGUCAUCGUUAAGUAGAACACGCAUAACAAAUAAGUAAAAAGAGGGAUUUUGUAGAGGACUCUCUCCGCUUUUCUUAAAAAUUAGCAAGAAGAAUAAUUCACAUAAAAAACAGAUUAUCUUCUAAAACAAUCGUAUUUAGAAAGCGUUGUAACUCCUGUGAUACUCGAUUAUCGAAGGAUAUUCAUUUUUAACAUAAAUCGGUUACUAUGCAGGUACCUUAGAGAAGGGAUACUCAUUCAAAAACACAGAAGAGACAUACUGUAUUUGUGAAAAGACAAUAAACAAUAAAUGAUAAAUUGUUACUUAUACCAAUUAAAAAUCUCAAAGUGGUGUAAGAAUUAUAAUUACCGAAUAAAACCCUACCUACUCUACCUAGUAAUACAUCAUCGAAGAUGUUAAAAAAGAAACAUUUAAGUCGCACAUUCAUCCCAGUUAAUCGUUCUAUCUUACCCUAAGUGAGUCCGUAAAAUAUUAUAAUCAAUAACUAUAAAUCAAUAGACUGUUAAUUGAAAUCUUAAAUCAGAAAAGAAGUGAAGGAAUUACAAAAACCACUUAGUGAAUCUAAAAAAAACUCAGUCGUUAGUCUUACUAAUCCAUAUCGUAAUAUCUCUUAAUUAGAUUACUUACUGAAAGUCAGAAGAAGACAGUGUAAUUAUUGA